AUGCCACCUAUUCCAUGGCGCGUUAGCAUCACCAACCACCCAGGUUCCAGCCGAGAUGAAAUCAGUCAGGAGCCAGACUGGGACACCGUACAUGGACACGGGCAUCGUAUUGGUUAUAGAAACCAGCACGAUCGCAUGCCUGGCAUUACACACGCCUGCGAUGAGCGAACCGACGACGAAUUUACGGAAGAAGCAAAGAAGGCUUAUGCACAACUGGUCCAGAGAGCGAAAGAGGGAGACCUUGUCAAUUUCCGCGAUAUUAUCGAGAACGAAAAAGACUUGCAUUUGAGACAUCCCCAGAACAGGAGCUUGGGGUGGAGGUACGUACUGCAGUUUACGGAAGACUGGGUCAGGAAUAAGGAGGCUUGGCCGGCGAAUGUGCAGAAGUGGCAGAAGGAAGAGGAAGAAAAGGCGAAGAAAAAGAAGGAAGACGAGGAUAGGAAACAGGAAGAUAAAAGUGGCUCGAAAGAUUCACAGAAGGAUGGAGGUGUACAAGAUGAGGAAGAAUGGAAGCGCAAGCAUGGCGAGGGCAAAAAACACAACGAUGCCUAUGCCGAGGGUGAUCAAGAUUCAGGAUACUCGAGCGACGACUCAAAUGAGCACAAGUCUGAGUCCGAAAAACUCCAUGAGAAAUACACACCCCAAGAGAUCUCUUUGUUGAGAAUGCUGCGGCAUGAAAAGGACUACAUUCAGACCCUCGAGCAGAACGAUGGCAAACGUGAAAGCCCACAAACUCACAAUAGGACUACCAUCUCCAUUGAUGAAGCUGAUCAGUUCUCCCCCGACAACUGGCUGCCGCGUUCUUCGGACUUGAUCCGUUUGACUGGCAAACACCCGCUCAACGCCGAAGCACAUCUGUCGCAUUUGUUCGACGCCGGGCUCAUUACGCCAAACGAACUACACUACGUCCGCAACCACGGCGCUGUUCCGCGCCUGCUUUGGGAAUUUCAUGAACUGGAUAUCUGUGGCGGCAAACUUGUGCUCACAAUGGACGACCUGAAGAACAAGUUCGAGCCUAUCAACAUCGCAGUGGCACUGGCCUGUGACGGCAAUCGUCGCAAAGAAUUGAAUAUGAUAAAAAAGUCCAAAGGCUUCAGCUGGGGCUCUGGAGCUGUGAGUUGCGCGUACUGGAAAGGCCCACUUCUGCGCGACGUUCUUUUGGCCGCUGGGGUACCUAACAGCAUGCCGCAAGGCAAGCGAUACUGGGUCAAUUUCGAGGGCGCCGACGAACCCAGCGAGGGCAAGUACGCGACCUGCUUGCCAUUUGAUUACGCCAUGGAUGCAACCAACGACGUGAUUCUAGCAUACGGGAUGAAUGAUGUCAUGCUUCCCCCAGAUCAUGGCUAUCCAGUACGUCUGAUGAUUCCAGGGUACGUAGGUGGACGAUGCGUCAAGUGGCUCAAGCGGAUCUGGAUCUCGGACAAGGAAAAUGACUCGCACUAUCAUAUCUGGGAUAAUCGUGUGCUUCCGUCUUUUGUCACGGAAAAGGAUGGCGAGUUUGCAGAGGCGCUGUUCAACCAUCCGGAUACGGCGUGCAACGAGCAGAAUCUCAACUCUGUCAUUGUGAAGCCUGCGCAAGGGGAGAAGAUUCCGCUGACUGCUGCACGCAAAGGGCAGACAUACCGCAUCGAAGGUUAUGCGUACGAUGGCGGUGGCCACGAGGUGCAGAGAGUUGAAGUUUCGCUUGAUGAUGGAGAGACAUGGUUGUACUGCAUACGGAAGUUUCCUGAUGCUCCCAUCCGCCAUGGAAACAAGUUCUGGACAUGGCUUCACUGGCAUGUUGAUAUCGAGAUCACACACCUGCUACAAGCCAAAAGUAUCACCGCACGCUGCUUCAACGUAUUCAAAAACACACAACCAAGAGAGCCUAAUUGGAACGUCAUGGGUAUGAUGAAUAACUGCUACCACGUAGUAAAGCCGUCCAUAGUCCAAGAUUCCGACUCAGACACUCCAUCGAUCUUGUUCAGACAUCCUGUCGAGCCAGGCACUGCAGAUGGUGGGUGGAUGAAGCCGAGCGUGGAAAAUCAAAUCGCCGCCGCUAAACAAGAUGCCGGGGCUCCGCAGAAACAGUUCACGAGGCAAGAGAUUGAGAAGCACGAUUCGGAAGAUGAUUGCUGGAUCGUCGUAGACGGAAAAGUGUAUGAUGCCACAAGUGUGCUGCAGUGGCACCCCGGCGGCAAAGCAGCAGUCUUGGGCCAUGCUGGCAAGGUGCAUGCGGAGACGAGCAAUGAGUUUGAGAGUAUCCAUGACGGGUAUGCGUAUCAGAAGUUGAAAGCUGACCACGUAAACCCAGAAUGUAUCCUUGGUACUGUCACCGACAAGGCAGCCGCCUACAUCAAGAAGAGUGCUGAAGCAGCUGCAAAAGAAAAGUCUGAAUCAUCCAAGGGCUCCAGCAAGACCGUACUUGAAAAGUCACGGUGGAAUCCAGUCACACUCAUCGAUCGUAAAUCGUUGUCCGAGGAUACCAGGGCAUACACCUUCCAGCUUCCGAAAGACAAACCUGACCUUGGACUCGGGACCGGUCAGCAUAUUCAGCUCGGCUUCCACCUCAAGGACCGUAUGUUGAUCCGCUCAUACACGCCAACCAAGCCCCUACUCCCCGAGUCCAACGGCAACAUCGAUGACAUGCACGACGGGGCAGAUAUGUUCGAACUGACUGUGAAGACGUAUUUCCCGACCGAUGAACAACCUGGCGGGGCAAUGUCAAACAUCCUCGACUGUAUGCCGAUUGGCGAGGAAAUCGAGAUCCGUGGCCCUACAGGUGAGAUUGUGUACAACGGCAACGGCUCCUUUACCAUCUCCUCAAAAGAAUACACAUUCAACCGCAUCAACCUUGUCCUGGGUGGUAGUGGCAUUACGCCAGGCUACUCGCUGAUUGCACGCGCUCUUCUGUCUUCUGGAGAUGAAACUCAAAUCAGAGUUGUAGAUGCGAACAAGACCGAGUCGGACAUAUUGCUCAAAGAGGAGCUAGACAAGUUUGAAAAGGAAAGUGGCGGGAGAUUGAAGGUUACGCACGUGCUGAGCCACGCGGGAGAAGGAUGGAAGGGGAAGAAAGGACACGUGGAUGCGGAGAUGCUUAAAGAGUGCCUGUUCGAGCCGGGUGAGGGGACGGGCGUGUUUCUAUGCGGACCGCCGGGUAUGAUACAGAAGGCUGCUUUACCGGCACUGAGUGAUUGGGGAUUCAAGGAGGAUGAAGAUGUUUUUGGGUUUUAG